AUGGUCCAAGCCUAUGGAUAUCCAACAACACCCAACAACCAGAUAGUGUCAAGAGCAGUAGCCGCUGCUGCUGCCAAUAGUCAUCACUCAGGUAGAGGAAAAUCAAGAAACUCAAAGAGAUAUUCGGUUUCAGCCUUUUAUUCUAUGGCUGCUGAACAGGAUAAUGAAGUAGAGGAUGAACUGGCUCAAGCACAACGAAGUCUCAGAGAAUUAAAGUCGAAAAUAUCUGCACAAUCAAAAAAGAACUUUGUACUGGAGAGAGAUGUAAGAUAUCUUGAUUCACGUAUUGCACUGCUUAUUCAGAAUCGCAUUGCAUUGGAUGAGCAAAGUGAAAUGGCUUCACAUCUUGAAGAACAUGGAUUAGGUGAAAGUGAUUGCUUUCCUGACGAUCGUAAAAUGCAGCAAUAUGGAAACUUUUUCUUUAUUCUUCAAAGUGAACCUAGGCAUAUCGCUACUCUCUGCAGACUUGUUAGUCUAUCAGAGAUUGACACACUGUUACAAACAGUCAUGUUUACACUCUACGGAAAUCAAUAUGAGAGUAGAGAAGAACAUUUACUGCUCACCAUGUUUCAGAAUGUACUCGCAGCACAAUUUGAGACAUCGACCGAAUUUGGUUCUUUAUUAAGAGCAAAUACACCAGUCUCCCGAAUGAUGACAACCUAUACCAGAAGAGGACCAGGCCAAUCUUAUUUGAAAUCAACUCUAUCUAAAAAGAUAUCAGAUUUAGUAUCUCAUCAAGACUUGGAUCUUGAGAUUAAUCCAAUCAAAGUUUAUGAUCAAAUGAUUAUCCAGAUUGAAAAAGAACAAGGUUGUUUACCGGCAGAUUUACCCAAGAGUGUCACUCCCGAAGUAGCCGCUAGCAAUCAAGAUGUACAACGCAUCAUUCAACCCCGUUUGGAAAAAUUAAUAGAAAUUGCUGAAGGGUUUCUUGAUAUUAUACUCUCAUCUACUGCUCAAGUGCCUUAUGGCAUUCGAUGGAUUUGUAAACAGAUUCGUUCACUCACCAGAAGAAAGAGCCCCCAUGCGUCAGAAAAUUCGGUUUGCUCCAUGAUUGGCGGAUUUUUUUUUCUUCGGUUUAUCAAUCCUGCCAUUGUAACGCCAAGAGCCUAUAUGUUACUAGACACAGUACCUGGAAAUGCACCUAGAAGAACACUCACCUUGGUUGCAAAGAUGCUUCAAAAUUUAGCGAAUAGACCAUCUUAUGCCAAAGAAUCAUACAUGCUUCCGACCAAUCCAUUCGUAGAGAGAAACAAGCAAAGAAUAAACAAAUUCUUGAAUGAGUUGUGUGAAGUAGGAGACUUUUACGAAACAUUGGAAAUGGAUCAAUAUAUGGCACUAUCCAAGAGAGAUAUCGUCAUCAGUAUCACAUUGAAUGAAAUGUACAAUACACAUGCACUUGUUGAACGACAUUUGGAUGUUAUUGCACCAAAAGAAAAGGAUCAUUUACGUAUCCUGAUGACGGAACUUGCACCAGCACCAGCACAGGUGUCACGAAAAGAAAACAAGACGAUUGAUUUACCCUUAUUUAGCCGUUGGGAAGUUCCCAUUCAAGACCUUACAACGGCACUCAUGUCUGAAAAUAAUAUCACACAAAACGAUAUCCUUUACAUGGAGACAAAAGCCAUCUAUGUUCAACUUAUUCGAUCUCUUCCUCAUUUGGCAUCAGGGCCACUUGAUUUGGACUAUAUUGCUGAAGUAGCAGCGACAACAAAAGAUGCUCAACUGGUUAGAAAGGGAAUAAAAGUAAAGGACAUGCUAAAAGAAUUAGAAGACGCUGGCGUCAUCGACCAUAAAGAUCACUAUAAACUACUUGUAGAAGAAAUCACACAGGAAUUGACUCAUCUUGGAAAUCUAAAAGAAAAAGUGUUGCAGGAAAUCGAAUCGCUUGAUGGCGUAUACAAGACAAUACUCGAUCAUAACAAUUACUUGAGAAGUCAACUGGAGAGCUACAAGGCAUAUCUGCAGAAUGUACGAAUUCAGAGUGGAGGAGAUAAGAGUUCAAAAGUGGGUAUAGGUGUAGAGGUCGAAGGUGGACAUAAACCCAAAAAGACACACAAGGGUUCAGCAAAGGGUCCAUGCAAGUUCUCUCACAAUCAUCUCGAAAAGGACGGCGUCAUCACAGAAAGCACCGUGCCUGAAAACAGAAGAGCCAACAUCUUCUUUUCUAUAUCGUCUCCUUUGCCGGGAACUUUUAUCAUUGCAAUGCAUUUCAAAGGAAGAGAAAAGCCAAUUCUUGAAAUGGAUUUAAAGCUGGACGAUUUGCUAGAAAAGCAACAAGACAAUGUUGAGUUACUCGAUCUUGAAUAUGUUCGCUUAAAUGUUAGCAAGACUUUGAGUCUAUUAAACAAGAACUUUGUCAAUAGAAACAAGUAA